AUGGCGUUGAGAAUAUUUUUCUUUAAAUUUAUGGCCAAGCCACACAUCAGGUUACAAGGUCCGUUAAGUUCAAAUGGUACUGGUCGUGUCGAAGUUUUCUAUAAUAAAAAAUGGGGAACAAUCUGUGAUGAUAAUUGGGAUAUAAGAGAUGCUCGAGUGGCCUGUCGUCAACUUGGUUAUCGGAAUGCUCUCAGAGCUCUGGGUAGUGGCCAAGUUCCACCUGGUUCAGGACAAAUAUGGCUAGAUGAGGUUAGAUGCACUGGGAAUGAGCAAGAACUGUCCAGUUGUUCUUCUCGAUGGUGGGGACGCCAUGACUGCAGCCAUUCUAAAGAUGCUGGAGUAGCAUGUUCCUCUGGAGGAUUUGAAUUAAAGCAUUUAUCAUCUGCAUAG